UGGAAGCCGAGAAUAUUCUUCAGUUUGAAAGUGAAAUACUAGCACUACCUUUAGGAGUACCUACUGCCUCUUCGAUUGAUUUGAAACGACUAGAAAAUGAUAAACACAAAAAGUUACAUCCUGUUUUGCCACCAGUAUGAAUUAUGUGCAGUUCUGAAAUAUUAUCCAAUUACUUUAUGAACUCCUAUUUUUAGAGAACCUACAUAAAUUAACAAGAUUUGUUCAAUCAAUAUUCUCUAGCAAAUAAUAUAUUUAUUACCUAUAGUUAUACCUUGGAUGCAAAAUAUCAAAAUGAAUGACUGAAAAAAAGACUUAUGUGAGGGUUCCAUCACUUGUGGCCAGACGCAGUAUUGGCUUAUUUUUGAAAAUGGUUUCAAAGCUUGAGACAUUAGAAGAAGCACACUAAUAUAGUUCUUAUCAUACAUCACAUGUUGUGAUGAGUUGUGUUAAAAUGCUCAAUUUAAGUAUCAUAGUAGACCAAUAAAUUAAAACUUCAAGAUAUACUUAUCUAAAAUAUGUAACUUUUUUGAAAAUAUACUAUGAAUUUAA